UGGGAAAAGGGAGGCAGUAGAGGUGGAGGCAGAGCCAAGCGCCGAGACCCACAGACUAGACCGGCGGGGCCGGGCCACGUACACCCGGCCCAGCGAGCCUUCCCGCGACCCGAGCCCGGGAGGAGAGGGGGCGACUCCCCACUCGCAUUCCUGAGAGCCGGACUCGGUGUUGGCUUGGUGGUCAGGAGCCGGAGAACCGAUCCCAACCAGGCUUUUCUGUGUCUCCGACGAGGGCUGGUUCCUUUGAAGGCGUUUUUUUCAACCACCAGGACCAGGUAGGCCACCAUGACUGAGAACUCCACCUCCGCCCCUGCGGCCAAGCCCAAGCGGGCCAAGGCCUCCAAGAAGUCCACAGACCAUCCCAAGUAUUCAGAUAUGAUCGUGGCUGCCAUCCAAGCAGAGAAGAACCGGGCUGGCUCCUCUCGCCAGUCCAUCCAGAAGUACAUCAAGAGCCACUACAAGGUGGGUGAGAACGCUGACUCGCAGAUCAAGUUGUCCAUUAAGCGCCUGGUCACCACGGGAGUCCUCAAGCAGACCAAAGGGGUAGGCGCCUCGGGGUCCUUCCGCCUGGCCAAGAGUGACGAGCCCAAGAGGUCGGUGGCCUUCAAGAAGACCAAGAAGGAAGUCAAGAAGGUGGCCACACCAAAGAAAGUAGCCAAGCCGAAGAAGGCUGCUUCCAAAGCUGCAAGUAAGAAGCCCAAAGCCACCCCAGUCAAGAAGGCUAAGAAGAAGCCGGCUGCCACACCCAGGAAAGCCAAAAAACCCAAGACUGUCAAAGCCAAGCCAGUUAAGGCAUCCAAGCCCAAAAAGGCCAAGCCAGUGAAGCCCAAAGCCAAGUCUAGUGCCAAGAGAUCCGGCAAGAAGAAGUGACAGUGAACUCUUCUCUUGUGGACACUCCUUCCUGUUUCCCAUUUUCUGUAGAUACUUUUCUCCUUUCUUGAUCCUAAUCUGCAACCCUUGGCCCCUUGCUGUCAUGGCUUUAUAAGAGACAGAACUUGGAUUCCUCUGGAAGUAUGGAACAAUUCCUUUUCCUUAACCUAUCAUGCUAGGACAGCAACAAAAAAAUCUCAUCCCUGUAAUGAUGAGAAUGUACUUAACAUUUUCUCUUACUUUGUUAAUCUACUUAUGGGUUUAGGGCUUUGGGUGGGCUUGUGUGUCUUGUUUUGUUGGUUGGUUUGCUAUGAUAGGGGAGCAGAGGAAGGGGCAAGGCAGCUUGUUUUGGCUAGAGGAGAGAGAGUCCAGGGAUUGUGAGGUGUGGAGGAGUGUCUUUAAGGCAGGUGCAGAGGGUUCCUUAAGUUGUGCAUACCUUGUGACAGGUUCAAAACCUUUGGCAGGAAGAAGCGUGGCAGCAGCUGGAUGGCAAAGGAGGGAGGUGGAGAAAACUCUGGCCUGAUUUCCACCUCCCAGUGCUGAGCGGAGAGGGGUGGCAGCCUGGUUUGCUUCUCACUUCUGUUUAGUCUGCUCUUGGGGCCUUCUUAUUGUCUUAGGGAACAGGGGGAGGUGGUCAUAGUGACAGCUGGUGGGAGAAGCUUUGGCUCCUCUCAGCUGGGACCUAGCCAUGGG